GAGAUUUUUAUUUUGUACAGGUUGAACGUGACUCAGUUGGUCACUCUUCUCCUUGACUCCAAAUUAGUUUCAGUUCUUUGUCACUUUGGAAAUUUUGGAUGCGGAGAUGGAGGAUGGACACCGGUCAUGAAGAUGAACGGCAAAAAGGUAAAACAGGUUUUAUUUCCUUUUUUCCUUAGUUCGGCGACGAGGGUGGAAAAAAAAUGUGUUACAAAUAAAUACUGGUUUGCUUCCGUCACAAGUAAUUUUCAAUUAUUCUAGCCUGCGAUUAUAGCCGUUUCUCUUUGCUCCUCACCACCAGGAGGAACGUCUGCGCCGAUCAGCGACAGAAAUUCUAUACUGUCCGGAAUCUGGUCAAGGGCUCUGAUUAAAGGACAUGAGUUACAUUGUUUUACCUAUUGUUAACGCAUGACAAACAAAAGACAAAAGGCCACAAAGGUCAAGUGCAAACGGGGUAGUAAACGUGAUGAAUCUACUACAAAAAAGUUAAUAUUCCUGGAAUAAUUAUAUUCUUCUUUAGAGAAAGCAUCUGAGUUUUACUGGAACUCGUACGCAGUAGAACACAAAACUUUGCCAUAAUCGACUAGGUGAAACAUAGAAUCAAACAAAUUUACAUUUGGAACGCCCAUGGCUACGGGAUUUAUUAUGUAAACAAUGAUUUACGUCAUCAGUAUGGAAUUUCUGCCGCUUUACACUCAACUGAUUGAUGGGAUAAAAGCAAUGUCAGGUGGUAUUUCAGGGGGCUAAUAAGUGAUGGGAUUUCCUCGGUGUAAGAACCUGUGAGCUAUUCCUUUGUUUUGCGCCUGUUGUUUUCUUUGUUUUACAUCAUUCGUGAGUUUCACAGGUUCUUACACCGAGGAUGAACCCAAGUGAUAUAUUGUGUCAAUAUGAGUAAACGCGGUCUAAAACGAGACGACGAUUUAUAAUAUCCUUGCAAAAUGGACAAUUCGACAUUUGACGAGUUUUACGCCAUUUUAACCUUUAAUUCACAUAUGUAGGAGUCUAACGGUUCUAAAGAUUGAAACUGUUACUGUAUUAGCUUGUGUCAGGUUGCGAUGUAAUCAAACAAACUCGGAAAAGUGUUGUUUCUGUUUUCUUUGCUUAAAUGAAAUCAUUAUUUAUAGCUAUUUAUCUAUAAAAGAUACUGUUUUUUUCCAUAAUUGUCAAUUGUAUCAUAGCGAACGUUUCACUUCGACUCAAUUCGCUGGAGCAACAAAAAAACCUUUAACCUUAACGGAGGGAAGACUGGAUUCGACUCACGGGAGACCAAACUUCCCUCCUACUGGAACACAUCCUUCUCCAAGAUCUGCCUUGGUAUGAAGAUCGGUCAACAGAUUAGGUUUAUUGUCAUCAACAAGAAGGCGAACUCCUUGUACUCUCUGAUCGCUGGUGGGCAAUACCGCAGCACCUCACUGGGUCGUAAAACGUGGAAGUCACUAAUUGGUCCCCAGGGCUCCUUACAGAUUGGCUGUAACAAGGAAGGAUUUAAUGCCAAGAGCUACGGGAAGCAUUACGAUAAAGACCUGGCUAAAGCAAGAAUCGGUAUCAUUGGAAACGAAAAAGACGACUGUGGUAGAUGCGACUCCAGAAUUGGGUUUGGUACUGGAGGGGAGCAUGAUGACAGCAAUGCAUGUGGGAAUGAGAAUCCUGAAAGCGGAACACAUACAAAAGGACUAGGUUACAUCUUGGUACAGUGA